AUGGGAGUACUUGAACGAAUUCGCGGCAGUUGUUUAUCCUGUUUUGGUUUGUCAACUCGACGUCGAAAUACUUAUCCUGACCAUGAUAUUCCUAAAGUGUUCGAACAAUCGGUGAGUAAUUACCCAACUAGAAGCAGUCGUUCCAGCAGCAGCCAACGAUAUUCGUCUGGGGCAACAAGACCUUCAUCUUCCUACUACUCACAAACUGCUAGAAAAUCAACACAACCCCGAGAGGAACGUCUAAUCUUCACAGGCUCAAGUAGUUCCAUUGAGUGUACAUCGACCCGUACUGGGCAAACAUCGAGUGGUUCAGAAGUUGCCACGAAUAUUUCAGCAGUACCCGUAAAUAUCAUACGAAUUAAGUCGAGAAAUACUGGUCCUAGCAAAGUAACUCAGUUUGCCAUUAUUCACCAUGCCAAACAACAACAUCAAGCUCGUCAAGUGAAACCACCACAAACACAGCCUGUUAAGUUAUCACAAGCAGAAUCAGUAAAACCACCACAAACACAGCUUAGUAAGUCCUCAGCAAAGUCAGUAAGGCCACCGCAAACACAGUCUAGUAAGUCCUCACCAAAGUCAGUAAGGCCACCAGAAACACAGCAUGUUAAGUCCUCGUCAGUAAAACCACCUCAAACACAGUCUGUUCAGUCCUCACCAGCAGAGUCAGUAAGACCACCACAAACACGGUCUUUUAAGUCCUCGUCAGUAAAACCACCACAAACACAGUCUGUUCAGUCCUCACCAGCAGAGUCAGUAAGACCACCACAAACACGGUCUUUUAAGUCCUCGUCAGUAAAACCACCACAAACACAGCCUGGUCAGUCCUCACCAGCACAGUCAGUAAAACCACCACAAACACAAUCUUUUAAGUCCUCGUCAGUAAAACCACCACAAACACAGCCUGGUCAGUCCUCACCAGCAGAGUCAGUAAAACCACCACAAACACAAUCUUUUAAGUCCUCGUCAGUAAAACCACCACAAACACAGUCUUUUAAGUCCUCGUCAGUAAAACCACCACAAACACAGCCUGGUCAGUCCUCACCGGCAGCAGAGUCAGUAAAACCACCACAAACACAAUCUUUUAAGUCCUCGUCAGUAAAACCACCACAAACACAGCCUGGUCAGUCCUCACCAGCAGAGUCAGUAAAACCACCACAAACACAAUCUUUUAAGUCCUCGUCAGUAAAACCACCACAAACACAGCCUGGUCAGUCCUCACCAGCAGAGUCAGUAAGACCACCACAAACACCAUUGAAGAUUUACUUGAGAAAUUUUACUUGUCAACUUAAAACUACAUCGAAAGAUAAAACCUUUAAACCUAUUAAAGGUGAUAUUAUAUACCAAAACCAAUGGACUGCAUGCAGUGCUGUUAUCAUUGAUCAGUUUGGCAAACAACUGUCCAAUUCUACACACACGAUAGGGCUAAGCAGCAAUUCUCACGUAGAAUUUUGGGAUUACAAAGCUAAGGCUGGUCGUCUUCACUUUAAUAUGAAAUGCAGUGAAACAGGGAAUAUUUCAAUAUCUAUUAAGAUUGAUCAAUUUAAAUUUAUCAAAGAGUUCUACGUAACUUGCAGUCCGUGUUCCAGCAGUUUGUGUGAAAUAGUUGUCACGAAAAUGGAUUCGCUUGAAGAUGAAUGCGUAUAUCGACUAGCCAUUGUUGAUGUUUUUGGUGAGCCGAUACUUGCAGAUUCGCCUGAAAUCUACGUACUGGAAACCGCUUCACCAUGUGAAAAUAAGAUUGUACAAAAGCUUAUGUAUUCCAAGAACGGUAAGAAAUAUUUUGACAUAAUUGUAAGGGGUGAGAGACCUUGGUCAAAAGAUCUUGUUCUUCUGCUUAAUGGAAAACAAAUUCCCCCAGUCACGAAAUUUGAAGUCUCUCAUAAGGAAAGUGAGGAAAUUGCAUCUUUUCUUGAGAAACACAAAAAUGUAUUAUUAGAAAGAGAUCAAGUUCCCGUUGAUGAUAUUGUUGAUUGUCUGGGCUCUCGUAUGUUUAUAUCAUUUCUAACAGGCGAUGAUGAUGGAGAGUUUGUCCCUUACAAUGAAAACAACUGUCAAAUACAGCGUCUUCCAGAUCAGAAUGGCUACCAACUGGUCUGUCAAAAUGCUAAAAAAUACGAUAUCUUGGGUGCAGAUUCUGCACACGUCAAUAACAUCAAAAGAGUUCUUCAACUUAAAGAUCGUGUUGAAAUCAACGAAUCAGCAGAUCAAACAAAUGUCAUCAUUGACUUCAGAAAUGUUCAAUCUCAUCGCCAUCCAAUUGGUAAAGAAGUUGUUCAGCAUCUUCUUCGUGGUUUAUAUUACCGAAGGAAAGCUGCGGAAGUUGCCAAAGUUCGUAUGAAAUGGAAAAAGAGGUUUACUUCUCUUGAUAGAGUAUUACGACUGUCGUUAAGGAAUAGUCCAAGCUUAAGACUUUGUAAAGGUUUUAAGGAUUUCUUUGGCGGGUUAAUGAAUAAAUACAAUCGGGAUGCUUGCGAUGAACUGUUUAUGUUUUUCAAUUUCCAGCGAGAUAAGAGUGAGGUAGAUCUUCACGGUUUACUUGUUGCUGAUGAAGAGAGAUUAGAGUUGCUGAGGUUGGAAAUGUUGCGUGGAUCGCUAAGUAAUGAAGAGAUCGAAGCACUUUUUGGACAGUGCAAGAUGAAGAGUUUUAAAGGUCGGAAAAAGCAAGCAUUGAAGAAAAAAUUGUUGAAAGGAGAAAUGCCUGAUGAUAAAAUUGAAGAUUUCAUAGAAUUAUGUCGAGAUGAUAUACACGAUGAAUUUCGUUUGGACGCCUUCGAACGAGAGUUGUUACAAAGACAGCGGCACAGCAAACAUGUGGAUGGCAUCAUAAAGCAGUGGAGAUCAGAAAGUGAUGAAGCUAUCCGGAAAUUGGAAAAAACAUUGGAGAAUUUUGAUCUUGAAGAAGCAAUCAAGC